CAUUCCAGCAAUAUGAUGGAUGGAACCCCGGAAUCUCAGACUGGCGUGACACGUAUCGAAGCCGUGAGCAAAAGUUGGACCAAAGCAUCCCUCAUUAUCGCUUAUGUAGCUCUGCUUUUGAUUGCUAAUGUGACAUCUCUCGAGAUCCAAGUCACUGGUCUUAUGACACCAUAUGCGACCAGCGCUUUCCAGCAGCACUCCCUCGUUUCAACUGUCGCUGUUAUUCAAGGCGUGGUCAGCGCAGUCAUCAAGCCACCCAUGGGCAAAAUUGCCGAUGUAUUCGGUCGACUUGAGUCCUUCACGCUUACGAUCUUUUUGUACACCAUUGGCUACAUCCAGCAAGCAGCUUCGAACAACGUUAAGACUUUUGCUUCAGCGCAAAUCUUUUGGGCUGCGGGUUUCAACGGCCUCCAGAUCCUGCAACAGAUCUUCGUGGCGGACACGACUGACUUACUCAACCGCGCCUUGUACUCUACAUUAUUCGAUGUGCCGUUCCUGUGGACUGUAUGGGCAGGCCCAAAUGUAGGCAAGAAUAUCUUGACGAGCAUGACAUGGCGUUGGGGCUAUGGUAUCUGGGCCAUCGUCUUGCCGAUCUGCUACGUUCCACUCGCUGUGAGUCUGUGGAUGAAUCAGAAGAAAGCGAAAAGACUUGGAUAUUCUUUUCCUAGUUCACUCAAGGGUCAUACAGUGUUUGAGGUCUUCAAGAAUUUGUGGUUCGACAUGGAUAUCUUUGGCCUGCUGUUACUUGCUGCCGCCAUUUCGCUGAUAUUGUUGCCGCUCACUUUAGCACCUAACGCGGAUCACGAAUGGAAAAACCCUAGCAUGAUCGCCAUGAUUGUUGUUGGAGGUGUGACCUUGAUCGCAUUUCCAUUCUGGGAAACUAGCAAGAAGUUGGCGCCCAAGGCGUUUUUCCCACCAAAUCUUUUCAGGAACAGAACAGUCAUCGCGGGUACUCUGAUUGCGUUCUUUUACUUCAUGGCUUUCUACUUGAGUGUGUUCCCGUACUUCUACUCUUACCUACUCAUUGUGCAGAACAAAUCCAUCACUACCGCAGGCAACAUCACCCGCGUGUUCUCAUUCAGCUCAACAGUAUCUUCAAUCGUCGUUUCACUUGUCAUUAAGUACACUGGGCACUACAAAUACUAUGUUACUUUUGGUUCUUGCAUAUACCUGAUGGGCAUGGGCAUCAUGCUUUGCUACCGAAAUGAAGAUGCCACAACCGCCACGCUUAUCGGUACACAAAUUGCCAUUGGUGUUGGCGGUGGCUUCCUCAAUGUGCCGGUUCAACUUGGUGUUCAAGCGAGUGCGAGUCAUCAACAAGUCGCCGCAGCCACAACCGUCUGGCUCACACUUCUCGAAGUUGGCGGCGCAGUCGGAUCAGCCAUCUCUGGCGCAAUCUGGAGCACAUACAUUCCUCACAAGCUACAACAGUAUCUGCCAGAGGACAUGGCUGCAGACUACACACUUAUCUAUGGCGACAUCACCAAGUCUUCGGACUAUAUAACCUACCCGGCCGGCUCUCCGGCACGCAUCGCAAUCAACCGUGCGUACCAAGAGACAAUGCGUCUGCUGCUGAUCGGUGCGCUUGUUGCGGCUGCGCCUAUCUUUCCACUGUCGUUCUUCCUGCAGAACUACAAGCUUGGUGAGAUGAAACAACCAGUCAAGGGACGUGUGAUAGGGAGCUCAGAAGAGCAAAAAGCUCGACGUGUUGGAAGGUUUUGGAGACGAUCGACGGAGGCUUGAUCCAAUUGAUAUGCAAAGUUUUUGCGAUGAAUAGACG